CUAAAAGAACUAGCUCAUUAGAGUCAUUUGUCCAUGAAUCGGGCUUCACUGGUGUGCUUUGAUUCACUAAAAAGAAUCAGUUCAAAAGAGUCACUUGUUUUUGAAUCGAGCUUUACUGGUAGCGCUGUGUGCUUUUGAUUCACUCAAAAGAAUCAGCUCAUAAGAAUCACUUGUGUUUGAAUCGAGCUUUACCGGUCGUUUGCACGUUUGUUUUUGCGUGUAGGACAACUCGAUAGAAAGACGCUUCUCGUCGUUAUUUCGAGGAACAAAGCGUGUUGGAAUGAUGCAACUCAUUCAGCACGUAAAAGUGCUGUGUCAUGUCAAGUGCUGAAUCAUGUCUGAUGCUGAAUCAUACCAGGAAGUAUUAAAAGUAAUGCGCACCAUAGAUGACAGAAUUGUCCAUGCCCUCAAUACCACUGUGCCCACUGCAUCCUUUUCAGGCAAAGUGGACGCCACACAGACUUGCAAAGAACUUUAUGAAUCUCUCAUGGAAGCUCAUCUUUCCAGAGAUAAGGCAAUAAAGUCAUGUAUUACAGAGACCUCUGCUGUCGUCGGGCAGUUACGUGAAGAGAGGGCAAAAGAUAGCGACAACUUGUCAAUAAUCAAGCAACUCAGGAAAGAGCAAACUAAGUUAAAACUCAUGCAGUCUGAGCUAAAUGUUGAAGAAGUGGUCAAUGACCGAAGUCUGAAGGUUUUCAAAGAAAGGUGCCGAAUUCACUACACCCCUCCUAAGAUCAAGUGAAAAAUAUCUCUGUUGUCAACAUAAACCAAACAGUUGAUCUGAGGAAAACACCUGGAUCUGAGCCUGGACGUCCUCACUCACCCCACAAACCCUUGUCCAUCAGUAUGGUCUGUGGCUUUGUGUUUCUACAGUGAAGAAACACUACAGCUGCCCAAGUCCUGUAAACCUUUUCGUAUAAAUAUUGUACAAAAGAUUUUAUAAACCAUGAAAUGUUUUCCAAUUGCUAAAACGUUGUCUGUAAUUUGCUUUGCAAUACGUUGACUAAUGUUCAUUUGAAGUGAAGAGAAAGAUCUUAAGAUUAUUGAUCUGUUCUGAGAUGUUGACAUGACCAAAGGUUAAACCAGGGGUUUUCCAACCCGAUCUCAUGGGAAAACAAAACUCCUUUAUGAACACAUACGAAUGAGAAAUUCAUAAAAAUUAGCCACUAAUUUGUCAAAACUUGAUUUUAAUAUAGUUAAUAUUAAUAUUAUUAAUAUAGUAUAGUAUUAAUAUAGUUAGUAUUACAUAGUUAUAAAUUGCCAUGAGAUAGUUUUGGGUUUUUACUUUUUAAGAUGCCACAUAUCUGCAAAUGUGGCCCUGGACCACAAAACCAGUCUUAAGUCGCUGGGGUUUAUUUGUAGCAAUAGCCAAAAAUACAUUGUAUGGGUCAAAAUUAUUGAUUUUUCUUUUAUGGCAAAAAUCAUUAGGAAAUUAAGUAAAGAUCAUGUUCCAUGAAGAUAUUUUGUAAAAUUCCUACUGUAAAUGUAUGAAAACUUAAUUUUUGAUUAGUCAUGUACAU